AUGCGAGAGGGGGAGGUGGAUUCGUGGCCGAGCGAGACCGUGGAGGAACUCGAAACCCUUGAGAAGGUCGCGGCGACGGCGUCGCUGCACGAAUGCGUGGUACGGAGCGUGCUGGUCUACGUCCGCGGGACGUUCGAUGCUUCUUUUAGUAUACUGAAUACUGAAUUCGAUGAUAAUCCAGGUAGACCAAAGAAGAUAAUUAAGGAUCUAUUGGACGAUAUAGAGAUCAAGGAGAGGAUCAAGAAGAGAAUCAAGGCGAGAAUCUAG